CACCUGCAGCCAUGGACUCCGCCAUCGACCUCUCCAAUCCAGAGAAAGCCCUCUCCCUCGAACACAUCCGUUUCCAGCUCAUCCGCCUCGAAGACACCGUCAUCUACAACCUCAUCGAACGAGCUCAAUUCACCCUCUACACCACAAUCUACACACCUGGAGCGAUUCCCCUCCCUGGCUCAGAACUCAGCUUCUCGGACUGGGUCCUCCGCGAGCAAGAACGUGUCCAAAGUCGGAUCCGCCGCUACCAAUCCCCAGACGAGUACCCAUUCUUCGAAGACGCCCUAGAAGAACCCAUCCUCCCACCAAUCGAAUACCCAAAAAUCCUCUGGAAGAACGACGUCAAUCUCAACAGCGAGCUGAAGAAGCGAUAUGUCGAGAGCAUACUCCCAGGCGUGUGCCACCAACCGGUACGAGAAGAGCGGACGCGUGAAGCGCAAGAGAACUAUGGCUCUGCAGCCACCGCCGACGUGACGGCUCUACAAUCCCUCUCUCGCCGGAUACACUUUGGCAAAUUCGUGGCGGAAAGCAAGUUUCGCGAGAAGCCUGAGGUGUUUGUCAAGUUGAUCAAGGCGGCGGAUCGCAAGGGGAUCGAUGAAGCGAUCACAAACGCGGCGGUGGAGAAGAAGGUGUUGGAGAGGUUGAGGCAGAAGGCGGAGAUGUAUGGAACUGAUCCAAACAUGGAUGCGGAGAAGCCGAGGAAGAUCAAUGUGGAUGGUGUGGUGGCCAUGUAUCGCGAUCAUGUGAUUCCCCUGACGAAGGUGGUUGAGGUGGAGUAUCUCAUGCAGAGACUCAAGGGGACGGAGUGGGAAUGA